UGGUCGAUGUCAGUCUAAGGUUGGAGGUCCUGUGAGGAGGAGCUCUUUGGGGAUAUUGACUGCCUGUUGCAUCCCCAGCCUGGGAGGGGUUAGCAGGGCUGUAGGUGGAAGCAGCUGUCUCCCUUUGGCCUUAUGGACCGAGGCUGCGCCUCCUCCUCCUCCUCCUCGUGACUUGCUGCUGAGGUGUCUCUCUCUUUUGCCCCCCACAAAAGUCUCCCUCUCUCUCGCUCCCUUCCCCUCUUUGGGUCGGAGCAGCCAUGGAGGUCUUGGAAAGUGGGGAGCAGAGCCUCUUGCAUUGGGACCGGAAACUGAGCGAGCUGUCAGAACCAGUGGACUCCGAGGCCCUGCUCUUCAACACGCACUUCACCGAGCUCCUCGAUGACUUUUCCCAGGAUGUUUUGGGUCAGCUCCUGAAUGACCCUUUCCUGUCUGACAAAAAUGAGAUGAUGGAAGUGGAGCUGUCUCCGGCUUCUCCAGCUCCCCUCAUUCAGGCUGAGCAUAGCUACUCACUUUGUGGCGACUCUCGACCCCAGUCUCCACUCACCCAUAUUUCAGCUGAUGACAAUUUCAAUGAAGCUGACCUGGAAAAUGAAGACUGGUGCCUGGGUUCAGACGUUACUUCAACUACUGUAAAGACAGAACCAUCCGUGGGAGAAGCACCAGGUCUUGCUCCUUCAAUCAGCCUUACUGCCACCCCGACUCCCACAACUCUGGAAGAGGAAGCGCCCCCGAUACAGGAUAAUGGCAUGGCUAAACCGCUGAGUCACAAAUCUCUUCCGGAGAUCAAACUGGAGCCACACGAAGUGGAUCAGUUCCUCAACCUUUCUUCUAAGGAAGUGGUGGAUACCCUGCACAUGCCUCCAACCCCUCCCAGCAGCCACGGCAGUGAUUCAGAGGGCGGGCAGAGCCCAGCCAGGUCCCUUCCACCAUCAAGUCCCACCCAGUUGCAAGCCACUGUCAAAGUGACAUCACGCUCGGCUUCAGCGCUCACCAGUUCCCCUCUCUUAACAGCGCCACAUAAACUGCAGGGAACAGGUCCUCUGAUCUUGACAGAGGAAGAAAAAAGGACAUUGAUAGCAGAAGGGUAUCCUGUCCCUACAAAACUGCCCCUCACGAAAGCUGAAGAGAAAGCACUGAAGAAGAUUAGGAGGAAAAUCAAGAACAAGAUUUCUGCCCAAGAGAGCAGGAGGAAAAAGAAAGAAUAUAUGGACAGUCUGGAAAAAAAGGUUGAGACCUGCUCAAAUGAGAACAGUGAACUUCGCAAGAAAGUGGAAGUGCUGGAGAACACAAACAGAACACUCCUGCAGCAACUGCAGAGACUCCAAACUAUGGUGGCUGGCAAAGUGACACGCUCAUGUAAAGCUGCAAGCACACAAACAGGGACCUGCAUUAUGGUGGUGGUAUUAUGUUUUGCCAUUACUUUUGGCAGCUUCUCCCAGAUUUAUGGGCCUAAUUCCUCCAUCACAAAGGCAGUACUGCCAACCCAACAUUCCACACCAGAAUCAUAUGCUGCCUCAAUAGUGAGAUCAAGGAGUCUGUUGAUUUAUGAUGGGGCUCCCCCAUUGGAGGAACAGCACUUCUCAGAUCGCAGCAGUGGCUGGGACAGACACUUGGAGGCUUCCACACAUUCAGCCCUGUCUUUGGAAUCUGUGUCAAGGUCUCAUCAUGACCAAGUCAUGGAGAUCAUGAUAGCCAAUGAAACAAGGCUAGAGAAAUCUGUGCUGGUGGAAUUGCAACAGCACAGAGUCAACUCAGAGCUGGAUGCAAAUGAAACAUUAAAGAUAAUUGAAAUCGACAGAAGAGUGAACGCCACAUCUUAAAAAGAAUUUUAACAUCUUGGGGGGGGGGGGGGGAAUCCUUUCUUUCCAACCAAAGGUCUGAGGAACUUUUCACUGUCAAUCAAUCCAGAGCACUUGUCUGAUCCCUGUGCCAGCUUAUGGGAAACUGACUUUGGUCUGCAGUUCUUCUUUUCUUCCAUGCCCCCCAGUUUUCCACUAUUCAGUUUGCCUUUCACUCCUACCACCCAAAAGGAAGGUUUCUAAAGGCAUCAAGUGUCAAGAAGGUGUUUGCUAGUAAAGAUAGGAUGGGAGUUGGCAUGCCUCCUACUUAAGGAGAGGAACGGAUAACCAAUUAGUCUUUGCAUCUGUGUAAAAAUGUUGUAGAUGCCUUGCCUCUGUUCUCUUACAAUGUAAUAACAUCAGUGAAAAGGAAAGAAACAACAAAGCCUGUUCUGAUUUCAACCAGGAACUGCCUUUCAUGAUUCGGCAAAGGGUGACUUUGCAUGAUCAAGUGUUGUUGUUUUUAAACAGGGAAAUGUAAUGAUGAGGUGACAAAUACAUAAAAUGCUUCAACAGUAGUGUAUUUUUAACUAUAGAAGUCCCAAUUUGGCGAAGCAAAUACACAACUUAAGGAAAGGAAUUAUUUUCUUCCUUUAGUAGAACCAGCUUGUAUCUCUGUCAUGUGAAAGUGGGUAUGAUUGGACAUCCAGUGAAGUUCUGGCAAAUCAUAAUGGCAUUUCAGGUGUGGUGGGGAACAUCUGAUUUCAUUCAUAAUUAGCCUUAAUACUGUACGAGUAUGAGAACUUCAGGAAUCAUCACUAGUUUUUUAAUCUCAGAGGAAUUAACAGUUUCAGAAUUAUUUUCACCUCAUGGUGACAUCUCCCUAUAAAGACUGGAAAAUUUUGCAUUUGCCUUAUAUUAGAUUUUAGCCCAUUGACUCUGAAAGUGAAGGAGAGGGAUAUAAGAAAUUUAAAUGAUUUGGCCAAAGCCGUGGUAUGUAUGAUGGUGCAACCUGAGUGCAUCCUUCAAACAGCAUUAAAUUUUAUUAGAUGGGCUCAAAAAGGUCCCGCUUCUUCUCUUGAGUAGAGUAGGACAUUCAUUAAUAAAUCGGAGUCUGGAUUACUGAACAUCAGACUACAAAAUCCUCCAACCACAAAAGCUAAAUGCUCUGAAUUGACUGUGAGAAUGGGAAGGGAGAAUUCAGGCCUUUCAACCAGUCCUUGAUUAGAGACAAGUACUAUGAUAAAUGAAUGCCAGUGUGGUGAAGUAGCAAGGAAGUCAGGCUAGAACUAGGGAGACCAAGCUCAGAUCUCCAUUUGGCCAUGAAACUCUUAGCCCUUUCAGCAACUUCGGACUAGUCACCAUCUUCAAGUUUUUAACCUUCCUCACAGGGCUGAGGUAGGAUAAAAUAGGUGGGGAGAGACCUUGUAUAUACUGCUUUAAACUCCUUUGAGAAAAAGUGGGGCACAUAAGGUAAAACCUAACACUUUGCUUAGGGUUGGCUAAGGUUGUCCCAUUAAGAUAGGACUGGGUGAAUUCUCACACCUAAUUUCAGAAUAGCAAAGUAGCAGGGGGAAAGGAAGAAGGCAACAUGAAAGACACAUGAAAUACUUUUUUAAAAGGAGAAAGGAACACAGGAAUUUGAGUCCAAGAUUACUGACAGUGGUCUCCCAGUUGUAACUCUCUCCCUUCCUUUACAUUUUCUGUUCCUUUGUAUUAUUGUAAGUCUGACAUAAUUCCCUAGUAUACCUUUUCAUGAAAAGUGAGUCAGCAAAGUUAGUCUCUUUCUCUGCCCAGUUUGCAUGAGAGAAGGAGGACAUCUGAUUCAAAACGUUGCAAUCCUGUGCUGCAUUUUUCCUGGUUUAUCCUACAUUCAAGACCUCUGGUUGCUCAGAUUCUCCUGCCAUCCCUGCUCCUUUCUGUUGUAAAUAGUAUUUAUUAGUUUUUGUAACUUCAGCUGGCAGCUGGAAUGACCAGCCAAAGCAGUAAAAUCCCUUAUAAAUGGCCUCUGUGAACUUGAGAAACCUCCAAUAUUUAUGUUAGUCUUCUAGCAUUAAUUUUUUGAAAUAGUAAAUGCAAAAAUUUUCCCCCUCCCAAACUUUUUUCCAUCCCUCUAUUUUCUUCCCUCCAUUUCUGUCGUUGUACGUGCAUUUCAAAAAAUGGUUGGAGUGAAAGCCAGUAAAGGUUUCAUUCUCCUGUUUUAUUUGGCAAGUUACAAGCUACUGUAACUUGAAAUGAGCACAGCUUCCCCGCUGGUUGCCUGAGGCCAAGUUUACGAUCUGAAAAUUCAGUAGAAAUCUGCUCCAGUUCCCAAAUAUCUAACAGUUGAGAUGAUUGCCGCAGUUGCAUCUCCGUGUGUGUCCCUUUCUAGCUCAGUCAUCAUCAUCUUCACAAUAUUGUGAGGGAUGCUGAAAAGAAUGGGAUAAUCUAAAAAAGCCAAGAUGUAACUCAAGUAAAACUGCUACUAAGGGCUUCUGAUAAAGUUUUCUCUGUCUGCUUGGCUCUUUCUAAAUCAGUGGUGUCGCUAGGGUUGGUGUCACCUGCUAUGGUAACUCCCCCAUUGACAUCCUCACAUACCACAUCAUACAGAAUCCUUAGUAAUGUUUUUUAUACUAAUGUUACUCAUAAGUUGUGAUUUGUAUAUAUCACUGACUAUAAUGGCAAUAGUU